GUCACAAGCCACGCCCACCGCCAGCCAGUGCCCGCACUUUCCUCUCCCUCUCGUGUCCAGCAAAGCACCCGUCCUUCUUUCCUUCCUUGCUCAACCUAACAAGCCCCCAAAGAUGGCCGAGAGCUUCAACCACGGCUAUGCCGGCGGGAUGCGCAAGCCCCGCAAGUACAACAUCGAGAACACCAACAUUGCCAUGCUUGGCACCGACCUGGAGAAGGCUGUUCGCCAGCAGGCCGCCGAGACGGAGAAGGCCUGGCAGCAAGUCAACACCAAGAAGCCCACCUUGAUGGUGUGGCGCAUUGAGCAGUUCAAGGUCGUGGCCGUGGACAAGGAAGACUACGGCACCUUUUACGAUGGUGACUCGUACAUCAUCCUCCACUCGUACUUCAAGGACGGCCAGGGCGCCCUCGUGUACGACAUCCACUUCUGGAUCGGCUCGCAGAGCUCCCAGGACGAGUACGGCACUGCCGCCUACAAGACGGUUGAGCUUGACGACUUCCUUGGCGGCAAGGCGUGCCAAUACCGCGAGGUGCAGGACCACGAGAGCCGCCGCUUCAAGUCCAUCUUCCGCAGCAUCAUCGUCAUGGAGGGCGGAGUCAAGAGCGGGUUCCGCCACGUGAAGCCGCGCGAGUACCGCAACCGCCUGCUGCACAUCAAGGGCAAGCUCAACACCAUCGCCAUGGAGGUUGCAAUCUCCUGCGACUCGCUCAACGCCGGCGACUCGUUUGUCUUUGACGCGGGCCUCAACCUGUACGUGUGGCACGGCAAGAACGCAGGCAUCAUGGAGAAGACCAAGGCUGCAAACCUCGCGCAGGCGCUGGAUGAUUCGCGCGGCGGUAUGGCCGUCCGCCACGUCUUUGACCAGGACGACCGCGACCACGACUUCUUCAAGGCCAUGGGCGUCGAGAAGGGCGCGAUCAAGGACAAGGACGAGGGCGGCAGCGAUGCGCAGGUGACGAUUGGCGAGAAGCGGCUGUUGCGGCUGUCGGACAGCGGCGGGUCCCUGCAGAUGAACGAGGUGGCCAAGGGCGACGACAUUCGUCGCGACAUGCUCAACACCAAGGACGUCUUCAUCCUCGACGACGGGUACGAGAUUAUGGUGUGGGUUGGCCUUGAGGCGAGCAUGGAGGAGCGGCGCCAGGCCCUCAACCGCGCAGCGGAGUACCUCAAGAGCAACGGCAAGCCCAUGACCACCCCAAUCUCAAAGAUCUACGAGGGCGGCGAGAACGAGCUGUUUGAGGCUGCGUUUGAGGUUGGCGUGCGGUCUGGCGGCGACGCGGAGGCGAUUGCCAACGCGUCUCGCUCCAAGGCCGUUGCCAGCAGCGCAACCGCCGGGUACAAGGGCUCUGGCGGGCCCGGCACCGUCGUCGACAUGGACGCCCUCUACAACCAGAACGGGGUCGACCCUGCCCAGUGGGGCGGACGCGGCAAGGCGCCCUCGCUGUAUGCGCUUGAACUGCAGGCAAAGAAGGCCGGCGCAUACAGCCCCACGUCCGGGUGGGUCUCUGGCCACACCCAGCGCGAGCGGCAGCUGAAGCAGGCGCGCAUUGCUGAGCUUGAGCAGCACUACGCCGCCAACCGCAAGGCCCGCUCGGAGUCUGGUGACACCUCUUUUGCCAGCGUCAAGCCGUUUAUCAACUUUGACCCAAAGGCCGACGCCAUGAAAGUGCGCAAGGCCAUCAAGGGCCUCGGCACGAACGAGAAGGUGCUGAUCCAGAUUUUCAGCCGUCGGACAAUCGACCAGCGCGCUGCCAUCUCCGGCGCAUACUUUGCCAACUUCGACCGCGACCUUGAGGCGGACCUGCGCAGCGACACGGGCGGCAACUUCCGCACGGCGCUGCUGGCGCUCAUCAUGAACGAGUCCGAGCGUCUCGCCUACUUUGUCUACAAGAGCAUGAAGGGCUGGGGUACGGAGGAGAACCUCCUCAUUGACAUUCUGUGCACGCGCGAGUCUGACGAGAUUGUCAAGAUCCACGAGGCCUACCACGCCCGCUACCCAGACCGCGACCUCGAGAAGGACAUCACGGCUGACACGAGCGGGGACUUCCGGCGUGUGCUGAUGGCGAUUCUCAAGUGCAACCGCGCCCCCGUGCAGUCCGAGGUUGACGCGGAGGCUGCCCGCGCAGACGCUGAGAUCCUCUACAAGGCCGGCGAGAAGAAGUGGUUUGGCACGGACGAGUCCAAGUUCAUUGAGAUUCUGAGCGAGCGCAGCUUCCCGCAGAUCAAGGCUAUUGUCGACGCCUAUGAGGGCAUGAGCAAGCGCAGUCUGCGCGGCGCCCUCAAGUCUGAGCUCAGCGGCGACUUCAAGAACGCCUGCCUCGCCAUUGUCGACUACGCGUGCGACCCGAGCUUCUACGUGUGCCGCCGCCUGUACCAGACCAUGAAGGGCUGGGGCACCUCUGACUGGGCACUCAUCAACUUCAUUGUCGACCACUGCGAGCGCGACAUGGAUCUCAUCAAGGAGCGCUACCCCGGCGUUGUGUCCGAGAUUUCAUCGGAUGGCAAGCCCCGCUUCCUCGGAGAGAUGAUUCGCGGCGACACCGGCGGCAACUACCGCAAGCUCCUCCUCGCCCUCAUUGGCGAGGGCACCGUGGCGUGAGCCAUCCAAUGCAAAUCCACACUCACAACUUCAACCAAUGACCCACAACAUGCACAAACAACAACAUACACGUCCAUCUUCUGCUUCUUGCUUUUUGGUUCUGUUUGGUUUGCUGUUUCUGUCACAUCUUCCAUAAACUUUCGUAACCGGC